CACAAUGUCGGCAUCAACCAGCGCUACAUUUCCAGUUGAACACCCAGACGACGCUGUCCCUCCUACAGAACCGCUGAAGACUAGUUACAUCCAUGCCACCAGUAGGCUCCCGUUAUUGGCGACCACAAUCGGGUCUCUGUUGACGGAGGCCACCGCAGCUGACCCAGACCACGUACCACUCAUCUACCCAGAAUACAACCAGCACCUGUCAUACAGGGAAUGGCUGCAACAGAGCGAUCGGCUGGCUAAGGGUUUCCUAGCUUUAGGCUGUGCUAAGGGAGACAGGGUUACCAUAGUGGCGUUUCCGGACAAGACAUUUCCAAUUGCAGUGUUUGCAGCGACCUCUAUAGGAAUGAUUUGUCACGCGCAAGCCUAUUUGUUUGAACCGAGAUCAAAACAUCUUGAAAUGCUCGUUAACAAGGCCAAAAUCAGUGUCAUGUUGUUAUUCCCUGGGAUAAACGAUGUUAAUGUAAAAGCUUUGAAAGAAAUCCUUCCUGACUUGGACAAGUGUGAGGGGCGGAAUAUCACAUCUGAAAGUCUACCAACCUUACGUCACGUGGUCAUAGGUGAUGCAAGGGUGACCGGGUUGACUAUUGAGAGUCUGUGUACCCUGGGGGAGAGCAUCAGCGACCAGACGCUGAGAGAAGCCAAGGCUAAAGUUACCAUGGACGACAUCAGCUAUGCAUUCUGCACUACGGGCAGCACGGGAUCUCCGAAGACAGGCCUUAAUACCCACCACAGCACCGUAAAUUCGAUGAAAUAUACAUUUAUGAGAAAUGGAAUCGGAGCUCAGCACUCAGUUGUAGGGCUCAUGAGCAGCGCAGUAGACGACAUCCAGAUUGACUGCGUCGUGUGGUCGGUCAGGGAUUAUAAGAUCCGCCCCAAAGCAGUAGUGUUUCCGUCCACGCUUUGGAACGCUUACUACGACCAACUUGGACUCACGGAAGAGGAGGGUUGGGGUGUAGAAGAUCUACUCAGGACGAUACAAGAUUACAAAAUUACGCAUGCCGAUGUUUACCCGCAGUUUUGGGCAAAAAUUUUGGAACGCCCUGAAUUAUUGAAGAAGUAUGAUAUAUCGUCGCUAAAACGAGGCACCUGGACUGGCACGUACUUGAGCGAGAAUUUACAGAAACAAAUGUCACAGUUAAUCCCAGAAUUUACGAAUGGUUUGGGCCUGUCAGAAGUGUAUUACGUUUCAAUGACUUACCCUCGUGACUCUGACCCUAGCCAUAGAUUUGGAUCUAUGGGCUUUCCCAUUGGGCAUACUGAGGUGAAAAUAGUGGAUGAAGCCAAUGAGAGGAUUGUUCCAAUUGGGACAGUUGGUGAAAUUUACGUACGUAGCUUUGCCGUGCUGCUUCGAUAUGAUGAUGAAGAGCAGACAAAAAAGGCAAAAACACCAAGUGGCUGGUAUAAGACAGGUGACAUGGGUAAAAUGGACGAGAAGGGGUUCAUAUACUUUAUGGGGCGCAAGUCUCAAACCAUGAUGUACAACCACUAUUCCGACAAAGUGUAUCCUCAGCCCAUUGAGGAAACCGCCAUGAAACACCCUAAAGUCAAAGAGGCCGCGGUUGUCGGACUCCCAAAUGGUGCAUUUGGUGACACCAUCAUUCUUUGUGUGAUCUUGGAACCGGGGACAACUUUGACAACUGACGAACUUUACGACUACUGUAAAAAGGAACUUCUAGCAAAUUAUAUACCGGAUGAGUUUUAUAUCUUUGACAAAUUCAUAAAAAUUGGCCCAAGGCACAAGGUAAGUAGCCCAGGGUCCUGUUUCACAAAAAAAUAAGUCAGCUUCACUGAUUAAGAAUUUGGUUACCAACGUUACACCGUGCCGUGCACACACCUUAUCCUAUCAUGAAACAGUAUUAGAGCACUUUUA